UCACACUCCCGGCUUGCACCGUAACGUUCAACACUCAAAACAAUCUUUAAUCCAACAAUGCCUAUUGCACCAAUCACUGGCAAGCUUAGAAAGAGACUCUGGCUCGACCUUUCGGUCGCCCUUGGUCUCGGCGUCUCAUCUGCUUAUGCUUACUGGUAUGGCGUACACCUCAAGUCUGUACAAAAGCAGGAGGAGUUUUAUUUCAAGCUGGAGCGAGCAAAAGUGCAGCAGUCGCAGUGAUGAGCGCGCUUUAGUAUACACCGAACCUUUGUCACCGCACAAAUAGACUGUGUCCACCUGGAUCUUUAUGGGAGGAACGGCUGUCCAUUGAACUACCUAGGGGAGACACUUUGCUUGCAUAUGGUUUGAAUCUGUUGCUCUGGUGCAUGAUUGGGCGUAUGCUAUGCUUGACUUUUGGGGAAUGCCAAUUGCACCAAUGUCUAGCCCUGCGGUGUCUGGCGCGGGUCUUUGUCUUUCCGCAAAAUCGACAUGUCCUGUGAGGGAAAACAGACCUGGCGAGCAAUGCGCGUGUUCGCAUUACUCGGACUAGACCAACAUUGAUUGCGUGAAUAUAGAAAGUAUGCACCCACUGCCUCCCACAAUGUACCGCCGCUCAAAGGGGAUUGCUGAUAUG